CAGGUGAUUAUAGUGGCUCGCAGUAGUGACACACACAUACACAGUAUGUGUUAUUCACUAAUUAUCAUUGUGCUACCGACAUACAGUUGAUUCAUUUAUUUAUCGCUCGUGCAGGAAUGUCGGAACAGAUCACGAGAGAAGAUGCGUUGACACGGGAGGGCUACAGACAUGCGUGUCACAUCAUGCUGCACGGAGACUCUAGUGCCAAACUCUUCGGGAAAAUCCCAAUCAAACACAUAGUACUGAUGCAGAUGCGUUUUGAUGGCUUGCUGGGUUUCCCAGGGGGAUUGGUGAACCCUUCUAAGGAGACGCUGGAGGCGGGGCUUAGCAGAGAACUACACGAAGAGGUGGGCGUGGCUGUGCCUGUGGGCGUGGACAAUCACGUGUCCACUUCCCUUUCUCCAUCCUGCCCUCAGCUCAUCACUCACUUCUACAUCAAAAAGAUGACAGAGGCAGAGCUGAAAGAGAUAGAGAGAGCAGCUGUAGCUGCAGCCACAGACCAUGGUUUAGAGGUAUUAGGUAUGGUCAGAGUGCCGCUCUACUUCCUGAAGAAUGGAGGUGGUCUCCCCUAUUUCCUGUCCCACUCGUUCAUCAGUAACUCUCGGGCCCAGCUGCUCUCUGCCCUGCAGCGCUGCGGGCUGCUGUCCCAGGGGGAGCUGGAGAAGGCUGUGAGACAGGCUGAGCAGAUGAGACGCACACACAGUGGUGAUCCACACUGACAUCAGUUUACACAGCGGUGCCUUUUCACCCCUGGGCUACCGCUACAUCAGUAGCCCAACCCCCCGUUGCCAGCAGAAACUCCCUCUUGUCCUCACCCUUCUCUACCCUCAGUUUCUGAUUCAGCAAUGUACAGCAUGUACUCUCUGUAGAUAUCCUGUGUCUCAGAGGAUCAGACCUGUUUAACAUGGGCCUUAACUGUUUAUCAUAAAUUUACUAACAAUUCCUGACCCUAAAUUCACCUAAU